CAAUCUCUGGAAGUAGGCGGGGCUUAGCAUAACACCUUUUAUCUUUAAUUAAUUAAGAGAUGUCUACAUCUUUGUGUAGCUCUUGCAGACGAUUAUUACAGUUGUCUGAUGGCUACAUUACUAGAGCCAGGCACACAGUGACUCUGCUAGAGCUUAGAGGGCAAUGGAGGGCUAUUAGCUUCCUGCCAAACAUGGCUGACAAGUUGACAUCAUCACCAAAGAAGAGGAAGGAUUACAGAGAAGAGAAGAUACUGGGCUACACACAGGAGCAGGUGUACAACAUGGUAGCAGACGUCGACAAUUACCACUCGUUCCUGCCGUGGUGUCAGGAGUCAGUCUAUCGGAGGUCAAAGUCCGUUGCCACGCUGGCCAUAGGAUUCCCCCCUCUAGUGGAGCGGUACACAGCCAGUGUGGUGGCAGAACCCCCACAUUCCCUUAAAACGAUGUCAACUGAUGGCAAACUGUUUGCCAUACUGGAGAACUCGUGGUACUUCAGAAGUGGCCCUGAUCUCGACUCUGGACCAACCUGUCUAGUCAACUUUAGAGUAACGUUUGAGUUCCGUACACUCCUCUAUGCCCAGCUCGGCUUCCUAGUGUUCGAUGAGGUCGCUCGGACAAUGUCUGGAGCAUUUGAGGCACAGCUCGGACAGCUGCACGGAGCGGACCACCUCAAGGCACGAGGGGUGAGAGGGAUAGAGGGUCUACGUCAACUACUAGACAAAUCAAAGUCCAGUCAGUUACGACAGCAGGGAAAACUUAUGGAGAUGGACUGAAUUUUUUUAUUUUAUCAAUGUACAGUACAGUGUAUAUAUUAUAAUUAUUAUACUCAUUCAACAUAAUUAUACAGUAUUUUAGCUGUAAAAUGUUAUUACUUUCUGUUAUUUGCAAAAUUAACUGCAUAAUUAUUUAAUAAUUGG